AUGCCGGUCGCCACGAAGCUUCCACCGCCCUCCGAACCGCGAGCCGUUCUGAAACCCGCCGGCAACAGAGUGGCGGUUGUUUCUUUGGACAACGUGCCGAAACACAAGAAGGAGAAUCACGCGAAGACUCCACAGCGCCCGAGAAACCUGGCACCGCAAAUUCCUAACACCAUUGUGCAAAGCAACGUGUCUUUGGACAGCACGUGUUCCUCGGAUUCAUGUUCAAGCAAUUCAUCAGCCAAAAAGGUGAAUCCUCCGACUGCAAGUAGGAGAUGCGUGAAGCGUAACGGGUUUAAGCCGGUUAGGGUUGUUCCCGACGCCGUCGACGUAGCUACUACCGUGUCUCCACCUCCCAAGAGAUGUGAAUGGAUCACUCCACAUUCCGGAUUUGAAAUCCUUGCACUAAAAAUCAGAGGCAGAAUUCCCCCAACGGAAUUAUGGAGAAAGGCAUCUGAAAAUCCCCUAUACAUUGCUUUCCAUGAUGAAGAAUGGGGUGUUCACGUUAACGAUGAUACAAAGCUAUUUGAGCUUCUGAUAUUUUCUCAAGCAUUGGCAGAACAUCGUUGGCCAACAAUUCUUAACCAGAGGGACAUAUUCAGGAAGCAUUUUGACAAUUUUGACCCAUCAUCGGUCGCACAGUUUACUGAAAAGAAACUCCUAACAAUGAAAAUAAAAGACAACUCAUUGUUAUCAGAACCAAAGCUCCGUGCCAUUGUGGAAAAUGCUAAGCAGUUACUUAAGGUUCAGCAGGAGUUUGGCUCGUUUAGCAAUUACUGUUGGAGAUUUGUUAACCAUAAACCAAUCAGAAAUGAAUUCAGAUAUGGACGUCAAGUACCUGUGAAGACUCCAAAAGCAGAAGUCAUUAGCAAGGACAUGAUGCGUAGAGGUUUCCAAUGUGUGGGACCCACUGUAGUUUAUUCCUUCAUGCAAGUGGCGGGACUUGUGAAUGACCAUCUACUGACAUGCUUCAGGCACCGGGAAUGCAACGUGACUACCAAAAACGAAUUUAAAACUGAGAUUAAGGAGAAUAAAAAUGAAACUUCGGAGCUGAUUGAAGGUACAAAAUGA